UUGCGAGGCGCGCGCCGUGCUGGUUGCGGUACCUGCUCGCGUUGCUCUCGGCAUGGAGGAAAUCUACGCCAAGUUUGUGUCUCAGAAAAUUAGCAAAACCCGCUGGCGGCCGGUGCCUGCGGGGAGCCUGCAGACUGCGGAGACCUUCGCUACGGGCUCUUGGGACAAUGAGGAAAAUCGUGUUUCACUGUGGUCUAUUGGAGAUUUUGGGAACUUGGAUUCUGAUGGAGGGUUUGAAGGAGACCAUCAGUUAUUGUGCGAUAUCAAACACCAUGGUGAUGUGAUGGACUUACAGUUCUUUGACCAGGAAAGGAUUGUAGCUGCUUCAUCAACAGGAUCUGUAACACUUUUCCUUCACCAUCCAAAUAACCAGACUCUUUCAGUCGGCCAGCAGUGGACAGCAGCUCACUACCACACAAGCCCGGGCAGCCCUUCCUGUCGCAGUGCACCGUGCACGGGUGUUGUGUGCAGCAACCCAGAAAUCGUCACAGUUGGAGAAGAUGGUCGGAUAAAUCUCUUCAGAGCUGAUCACAAGGAAGCUGUGAGAACCAUAGACAAUGCAGAUAGCAGCACGCUCCAUGCUGUGACCUUCCUUCGAACUCCAGAGAUUCUUACAGUUAAUUCAAUUGGACAGUUAAAAAUAUGGGAUUUCAGACAACAAGGAAAUGAGCCCUCUCAGAUUUUAUCACUGACUGGUGACCGAGUACCACUCCACUGUGUUGAUCGACAUCCCAACCAGCAGCACGUUGUAGCUACUGGGGGCCAGGAUGGAAUGUUGAGUAUUUGGGACGUUAGACAAGGUACUAUGCCCGUGUCUCUGCUGAAGGCCCAUGAAGCUGAAAUGUGGGAAGUUCACUUCCACCCAUCCAAUCCAGAUCACCUCUUUACUUGUUCUGAAGAUGGGUCCCUCUGGCACUGGGACGCAUCCACAGACGCACCUGAAAAGUCAUCACUCUUUCACGAAGGAGGAAGAAGUAGUAUUUUUUUGUUUCACAGCAUUAGUAACCAGGCUAAUGUUCACCAGUCUGUCAUAAGCUCCUGGCUCAGCACUGAUCCUGCAAAAGACUGUAUUGAAAUCACAAGCUUGCUUCCCAAUAGGACUUUGUCUGUGAACAGUUUGGAUGUUUUGGGUCCUUGCCUUGUUUGUGGAACCGACGCAGAAGCAAUUUAUGUUACUAGACAACUAUUUUCAUGAAAAUACUAUAAUUAUAAGAUGUCAGGUAAAAACAUACCGUUAACCUUUCAAAUGCCAACUUCUAUGCAAAUUUUUAUUAUUGGAAAAUGUGAAAUUUGCAAGGGAAGCAUCAGUAAACUGUUGUUAAUGUCAAUGCCCAGUUUCAGAUUUUAUUAGUUGGCUCUUCCCCUAAGAGUUGCAGAAUCUGAUCGAUGACUGAUAGCAGGAGGGUUGCAACACGCGGAAGAUGCUUGUGCUGAUGAAUACGCUGCUGUCACACAGACUCUGGACAGCUCGUGGGACUUAGUCUUCAUUUUUGGUGUUGUGAGACACUGUCAAACACCAAGGGGUUCCUGUCCUUUCCAUCAACAGUAUGUGAGGCAUGACCUAUACCCUUCCCUGGUGGCAUUAGCCAGUGUUAAUGUUUGUUCUUUUUAUGGCAAGUAUUUUCUUCAAUCCUUCCAUAUUUUAUUUCCUUAAUAGUUUUAAUAAACUUUUUCAGAAAGAAUUGAGGAGUACAAAAAUGGUGAAUUUUUUUGUGUUCACAUUUUUUUCAAGAUGAAGAUGUUUUGACAGGUGCCUUUAUUAGACUAAGUUUGAACAGAACUCUGUGAACUACUUACACCCAACUUUAUUUUUCUUGAAAAGAAAAAUUCAUUUUUGCUAAGGAUUUUUGCUUUUGUUUAGUUUUACAGUGUAGUUGAAAAUUGCCAAACUGGACAUUGUGCAAUAAAAUAGAAUUUGACAUUGAUAAGUGAGCCAACUUAAAAAUUAAAAAUUUGAUAGGUAACAUGUAUGAGACUAGUAUGAUGUAGUAAGACUAUAGAAUUCUGCCAUCUUUAUCCUUAUGCAGAACGUUAAUGAUGACUUAAUAUGUAGUGUUUUAAGACACUUUAUGACGUCGUCUUUCCAGAGCUUCUUCGAUUGAAUGCAUUAUUGAACUAAGGCCUUAAUGACAAGUCACUGCUAUAACACAGUUGAAGUGUUGGUUCAUUUACUUUAGAAUUCCAACCAUGGUAAUUAUGGUAAAAUUUUCCUUUUCUGUCCUAAUAAAUAUUUUCAAUUUUUUAUGCCACCUUAUCUCAGGCUUUUUUGAUCUUUGGUUUUUUGUCAACAUUUUUAAAUGGACUAUGUAUAUGCAUCUGCUUUUUUAUAUAUAUGUGACUCAAGAAUAUUUGAUUAAAGAUAAUUAGUAACUUUGAAUUCCAAAGAAUCAGAGGAGGAAAGAAAAUGUUGCUGAUAGGAGUUUUUAACCUGUUUAUAGUUUUAGUGCUGGGACUAAUUUUUAAGACUUUCUGUUAUUACAAAAGCAAUUCAUUACAGGAAAAAAACAGAUACAGUCAAAAGAAAAUUUUUAAAUACUUAUAAUCUCAAACAGACAAUAGUCUUUUCAUAGCCUUUUUUAUACAUCAACAUAUAUAAUUUUUUUUGUAAAAAUGACAUAUAUCAUACAUAUUAUAUGUGUGGAUGCACAUCCCCUAGCAGUAAACACAUGGAUUCAGUAAGAAAAACAGCUAUGAAUUUUUCUUUGACUUUCUGUUUCCUUCGUGCCAAUGUCUUGCUGCAGCCUAAGCUGCAGUGCCCCUCCCUUCAGCCAGUACAGGCCCUAACAGUCAGCAGGCUGACAUCCUUGUUGUGAGUGCGCCCAGAGUUGCUCUCACUCCUGGAAGACCCUAGCUCCCAGGUGGCACAUUUUCCAUGUAUGGUGAAUAGUAAUCUUGUUGUGCCUCUGUGUUCAUCUGCGUUAUCUGCUGCUGAAAAGUUUGAAGGUUUCAUACAUGUCGUCAGCACCCUUCUCGGUUUCCAGCAGCAAUGUAUACAGUUUCCUUUGAUCAUUCUAGUCAGCAUUGAUAGAAGGAGGGAGCCAGACGUGUAGGCCUAGGCAGUUUGGACUGAAAACAAGUUUUAAGUUUGAAGCUUUGCUUUGAUUUAAGGGUAUUUGUAACCGUAAGUAAAAGAAAGUACAUUUGAAUAGUGUUACAUUUCCUAUCAGUUGAUGAGUUCUGCUAGAUUUAAUAAGAAACAUAAGCUUUACGUAGUGUAAAUAAAACCCUAAUUUAUGAAUUUGUGCAUUGUCACUUACCACCUUUAUUCAUGAAACUCAAAUAGUUUUUUAUGAGGGCUGCAGGAUCUCAGAGGUGAAAGGUACCUUGGAGGACAUCUCCAACCUAAAUUUAAUCAUCUUUCCACAGCAUUCCUAACAAAUUAUCAUCCAACCUCUACUUGAAAAUAUACUGUGAUAAAGUUUCCCAUUCCCCAAGGCAGCCUCUCCUCCUCUGGACAGCUCUAAUUGUUACAGCAUUAUAGCAGGGUUUUAGUAUGGGAGUGGGAUCCAAGACAAUCCUGUAAAACAGGCAGAAUCAUGUGAUUGUGAGUUAACAAAAUGAUCUUGUGAGCCUAUUAUGAGAGAACCAAUCACCAAUCGGUUUAUGAAAUUGGCACU